AGUCGCUCCCGACCCGGAAGCGGCUCGCGCACGGGCGGAAGUGAGACUAUGGCGGCCGGAUUCAAAACUGUGGAACCUUUGGAAUAUUACAGGCGAUUUUUGAAAGAGAACUGCCGACCUGAUGGAAGGGAGCUAGGUGAAUUCAGAACAACCACUGUCAACAUAGGUUCAAUUACUACUGCAGAUGGCUCUGCCCUGGUGAAGUUGGGAAAUACUACUGUAAUUUGUGGCAUUAAAGCAGAGUUUGCACAACCCCCAGCAGAGUCCACUAAUAAGGGAUAUAUUGUUCCUAAUGUGGAUCUACCACCCCUCUGUUCAUCAAGAUUUCGCCCCGGACCUCCUGGGGAAGAGGCUCAAGCAGCUAGCCAGUUCAUUGCAGAUGUGAUUGAAAAUUCAGAAAUAAUAAUGAAAGAAGAUCUGUGCAUUGCACAUGGCAAGCUUGCUUGGGUUCUAUACUGCGAUUUCAUAUGCUUGGACUAUGAUGGAAACAUUUUGGAUGCCUGCACAUUUGCUUUGUUAGCAGCUUUAAAGAAUGUACAGUUGCCAAAAGUUACUAUAAAUGAAGAAACAGGUUUGGCAGAAGUCGAUUUAAAACAGACAAAUCCUUUGAAUAUCAGAAAGCAUCCAGUCGCUACAUCGUUUGCUGUAUUUGAUGACACAAUACUCAUUGUUGAUCCGACGGCAGAAGAGGAGGACCUGGCAACUGGAACUGUAACCAUUGUAAUGGAUGAAGAAGGCAGACUAUGUUCUGUUCAUAAGCCAGUUCUUCUGGGAAAUAUGACCAAUCUAUUGCUUCUUCUGGCUCACGCAGAUUCAAGGUGUGGAGAGGAUUUUAGACGCAGUGAGAGUGUGAUUUUGGUGUAUGUCAAGAAACACCAAAGCACUAAAAUGUUAAAGGAAAUAUUUAGUUUUCCUGAUUUCUCUCAUUAUUCCAAUCAUGCUUUAUCACAAGAUGUAGCUCUAAAUAAAAUAUUUCUUGUUUGUUAUUCGUGUUCACUUUUUACUGAAAAAUGUAUUUUAUUACAUUCAGAUUAGACAUUUUCAAUGAGAAUUGUUAGGGUUACUUUAGAAUUAUUCAUGUUGUUUCCAUGGAUUCAAAAAGCAAACUACUUUACAGGAAAAUAAGGGGACUACAUUUUUUGCAUCCCUGACUUUUGAGGCUGGAAUUUUCAAAUGGAGCCAAAGAUACUUAGGGAACCAAAUCCAAAUAAGUUCUUAAUAUUGUGCAUCAAACUGGUAUUUUCAAAGGAGCCAAUUUCAAUCAAAAACUUCCGUAGGUGCCUUUGAAAAUUCCAGUUCCAGUGCACAAUCUUCAGUGACUUUUUAAGAUUAGCAUAGAGCUCUAUAAAAUAAACAGGCAUAGAUGGAGACAAGGGUUAAAAAUAACUAAAACUUGGCAGUAUGAAAUGGUUCAAAUUAAAAAGCAAGAGAGAAGGAUUAAACACUAGGUAACAAUACAAAAUAGUAGCACUUAAAAAAACCUGAUCAUGCUAGCUGCUUUGUGCAAGUGGGCAGACCCUUACAUCCCACUGAAAUCAAUGGAAGUCUGUGCAGGUGCAGGGGUGAAGUAUCCAGAGCACCUUGCAAGAUUGGAGCCUAAAAUAAGAACUAACAACGGGCAGGUAAAGAGACCAUUGCAGCCAGCUAUAUAUAGUCAAUAUAUUUUAAAACAAAAUUAUUAACAUAUGUACCAGUCAUCAUCCUUGUUCAUGUAGACUGUAGACUCUUUGGAUAAAGGACUGUGUCCCUUCCUAUAUGUUUGUACAGUGUCAGACACAUUUUCAGCACUACCACAAUGUAAGUACUGAAAAUAGGAACACCACUGGAAAUGUGUCAUGGAAAUGUCUUCAACUGUCCCUCCAAAUUGAGAUUUUGUUCCAAUAUAACUUUAAUGUGGGAAGAUAUGAGAUUCUUGUGGUUGUAUCUGAAUUUGUUCAUUACAUAAUUUACUACUUUUCUUUUUAAGAUGACAUUGGCACAUGUGGGUUAGAUAUUUUUAAAUUUCUGAAAUGAAAUCCUUAAAACACACAUUUUUAGUUUUCUAGUGUAAUUAAGUACACAUUUGUCAGUAUGAUCUAAGCAGGUAAAUUCAUCUGGUUUUUCCUCA